AUGAAUGAAGAGCCUUUAAGAGAGAAAUUAUCCCAAACUAUAUUUAAGGGCAGCUUCGAUAACAAUCAACCAAUCAUAAUAAAAGGAUUAGGUUAAGAGUAUUCAUCAAACAUUCUUGGAAAAAUUUAAAGAUCUCAUUCAUUCUCCAAACCAUUCCAAUAACCUCAAGACGAUAACUAAAAUUAAGCUAAGACUCAAACUAUGAAAAAUGACUUAAUAAUGAAUUCAUCAAUACACAUCAAGAAACCACCAAAAGCUAUAAGAAAAAUUCAAAGAUUUGUUGGAGAAGCCAAAUGGCCAUUUUUUAGAGUAAAGAAAGAUGAAACAAUCAUACAAUUUUGGGAUAGACUCUCCUAAUAAGACCAUAAUAGAAACUGGAAUAGUGAGGAUUGUUUGUUUGAAGGGAAUAUGCUUAGAAUUGGGAGAAAGAAAAAAACUGUAAAGGGAUAUUAUUUCAGAUUGGCAUAGUGUGGCAUGCUGAUGUAUUUCAAAAAGGAGUCAGAUACAGAACCUAAGGGAUUUGUACAAUUGAGUAUGGAAAAUAGAGUGAUAAUCUCAUACCAAAAGACUAAGAAGGGAUUGAAUGUUCCAGUUCUAUAUUUAGAGAGAGUCGAGGGGAUAGGAAUAACUAUAUUUGAUCAUUAAAUUGAAUCGACGCUUAAAUUAUGUGAAUCAAUUUAAGAGUUCUGCUUGAUGAGAGGAUAUGAUUGUAUAUACAAUUAGAAGGAGACUCUCGGAAGUGGAGCCUUUGCUACUGUGUACAAGGUCGAAAGAAAGAGAGACGAACAAGUAUUUGCAGCUAAAGUCAUUUACAGAAAUAUUAUAAAAUAAUUAAACAUAAUAGUGCAGUAAAUGGUAUAUAACGAAGUUAUAGCUUUGAAAACAUUAAAUCAUCCAGGAAUUGAGUAGAUCUACGAAGUUUAUUAAGAGAAAGAUAAACUAGUAAUCAUCAUUGAAUAUUGUCAAGGAGGCACUCUUUAUCAAUAUUAUAAAUCCAAAGGAAAAUUAACUGAAAAACAAAUUGCUUUAUUAAUAAAAGGAAUCUUGGAUGCUCUUUUUGAGAUGCAUUCAAAUGGAUUUGUACAUCGAGAUUUGAAGUUAGAAAAUAUUAUGAUGGAAUCUAGUGAGAAUUUACAGAUAAAGUUAGUUGAUUUUGGGUUUGCAGAAGAAAUCAAUGAGAAAGAACUAUUAAGCAAAGCAGGUACACCUGGAUUUUUAGCACCUGAAAUAUUUAGAGGACAUCCUUACACCCAAAAAGGAGAUGUAUUUAGUGCUGGUUGUGUUUUAUACAUAUUGACAGCAGGGUAUGCUCCUUUUAGAGGAAAACCAAGUUAGAUCUAGUUAUUGAAUUCUAAAUGCUAAGUGAAUUAUGAAAAGUCUCCUUGGCCUGAUGUUAGCGUAGAGUUAAAGAGUCUUGUUAAGAAAAUGUUAGAGCAUAAACAUGAAGAUAGAUUCACUACGUAAGAGGCUUUAGAAUCUUCAUUUAUUUCUCAUUAUACAAAAAUCACAUCGGAAACCAAUUAUAAAUCCUAUUAGAUAGUCUCUGGACUAGAUUUCCACAACAAAUAAUCUGUUAAGAGCAUCAAAAAUUCCGAAUCAAAUGGUUCUAAGUAAAGCAAGGAGUUCCAAUUAGAUUUCUCCAUACACACUAAUGAUAUUAAGUCCCUUUAUUAAAGGAACUCCAUUAAGACUCUCUAAUCCUAGAGGUCAGGAAGGGGAACUGUAAAAUAGAGUAUGAUCCUGAAAUAAUCCAUAUCUGUUCCCAAAGAUGCCAUCAUCGAGUAAUACUAGGAAAAGAGGAAGUAAAGCAAUCCAGACAGAUAUAGCUGUAAAGAUUCCGAUAAUGAUGUUGAUUCUUUUAAAGAAUUGCUGAAAUUGCAAUCUAUGAAGUUCAAUACAUUUGAUGAUGUUGAUGCUCUAAAUUUUUAAUAAAUCAAUUUCUUAACAGAAUCAAGCUAGGCAUUCAAUAAGAUUAAAAGACCGUGGUGA